AUGCUAUUCAAAUUCUUUGUAUCUUCAAGGUCCCACAACAGUGAUAAAGGAUCAGUCGCCACGAGGGAUACGGAAGUCUCCCGUGAGAAUACAAGAACACACUCUCAUCUCAGUCGAGCCAGAUCGAAACCAAAGGAUCACACCAGCACGUCCUGGCCCUAUUUCACCUCUCCAGCAUCCGCAUUCGGAAGUCGCGAGUUACCUCAAACAGAUCAUCCGGUGACCGACGAUGAACUAAUACAAUCACAACUUGAUCGAUUGCACUUGCAGCCGGUGUUUUUUCGACGAAAAUACUCCAAAUCGCCGAAGCCGUCGAGAUCCCGCCCACCCGGUAGUAAUUCCAAACUAAAAACAUCAACACAUUCGCGCAGUACAGAGCCGGUUUUUGCGGUUGCGACCGUGUAG